AUGGACUGCUGUCUAUCAGAGUCACAGUUCCCAUCCACACCAUUCGGUCCACCACUGCUCAUGUUCGUGUCACAGCUGUCAGAUACGAUACUAUCUACCGCCGGCAUUGCAGCAUGUACGCCUCCCACCUCUUAUGCUCCUUGGAUGGGCAACUUUAUACUGGCUAGUUUCUACGUGCAGGUAACCAUGGGUGGUUCGACAUCUCAUCCAUGGAUUGUUGUCUGUCGGAGUCAUGCACAUCAUCCACAUCUUCUGUACACAUGUACCAAAAUAUUUGAGAUUCUUGAAUAG